GACAUUUUGUAAACCUAGUAUAUUACGAGGUAAAAUGUAAGAAAAUGAGAUGUGAUUAUAUAUAAUCGAAUAGGUUUGUUAUUUCAUCGCUGAUCGUUUUUGCGUACCUAGAAUAUUUAUUAGAGGGCGGUUCUAUUUCCCGCUCAUGCUUGAUUGACAUGUGCCCCGAGGCUAAGCGGAGCUCGGGCACAGUCAGGCGUUCUACCUUGGAAAACAUGGAAAGAAACCACUCGGCAGAUUCAUAGACAUUUCAAUAUAUUUAUUAAUUAUGGACCAUGUUUCGAGACGCUGUGGAGUCAGCCGAUCGCGUUUCGCAUAGUUGUUACCAGAUUGCGGUUGCUCUCCAGUUUCAGCCACCAAAGUAAAAAUCCAGGUGCAUAAACGGGUUUCUCUCUUCCAGAUAGGAUGAAAGAUCGAGACACUUUUACUCUCUACUUCCAGCUAAAUUAGCUUGUGCCUCGGGUGGGUCAAUACAACUCUCCGUAGUUUGACUGUCUGGGACAUCGAGUGACUCUUCGACUGUCCCUGAUCGGCAUCCGAGUCCACGCCUGGGACUUGCAGUUGUGGGACUCGCUUCAUGGAGAGAGCAGCGAUACCGUUUCAACUUUUGGACUACAGAAUAGCCUACUGCGAUUAACUACGCGUUUCGGCCAUAUUUCCACGGCAUAUUUUGGAAUAUAUUUGGGUUAACUCAUGGAAAAGAAAAACAACAAAGCGAACAGGCUUCGCUCGCCGCAACUUCGCAGCCUGAACUCAACUAUCAACUCUCCUCCCAGCGGCAGCAGCGCCAAAGAGAGAGUGCACAGUGUGGACCCGUAUGGCUUUGAGCGGUUGGAGGACUUUGACUAUGAGUCGUAUGAGGAGUUGAUGUCAGAGUACCUGGCCGUGCUCACCAGGAGGUCCAUCAGAUGGUCCAGGCUGUUGCAGGGACGGGGACGGCUGGAGAAGAGCAUCAAGGUGAAGCGGUAUGUGCGUAAGGGCGUGCCCAACGAGCACCGAGGGUUGGUCUGGAUGUCAGCAAGUGGGGCCCAGGAGCACCUGGAGAAGAACCCAGGAUACUAUCACUCUCUACUGGACACUACGAAGCAACAGCACGACCCCAAGCUGGUAGACUCCAUACGCACAGACCUGAACAGAACCUUUCCUGACAACAUUCAGUUCCGCAAGACGUCCAACCCAUGUCUCCAGAAAACCCUGUACAACGUACUGCUAGCGCACCACAACCCAGCUGUGGGCUACUGUCAAGGCAUGAACUUCAUCGCUGGGUACCUCAUCAUCAUCACUAAAGAUGAGGAGAAAUCAUUCUGGCUGAUGGACGCUCUACUGGGCAGGAUACUACCAGACUACUACACCCCGGCCAUGCUGGGUCUGAAGAUGGACCAGGAGGUUUUAGGGGAGCUCGUGAGGACCAAAGCCCCAGUUGUAUGGCAGGCCAUGGGGCAACACAACGUCAUGUGGACCCUGGUGGUCUCCAGGUGGUUCAUCUGUCUCUACAUAGACGUCCUGCCUGUAGAGACGGUUCUGCGUAUCUGGGACUGUCUGUUCUACGAGGGUUCUAAGAUUCUGUUCCGUGUGGCUCUGACGUUGAUAAGGAACCAGCAGGCUGAGGUCCAACAGGCCGGUUCCCUGCCUGACGUCUGUGACUGCUUCAAACACAUGACCAGAGGGCCCGAUGUAGAGGACUGCCACACCUUCAUGCAGAAAAUCUUCACGGAACCCGGAAGCCUCUCCAUGGCAACCAUCACCAAGCUCCGGGAGACGUGUCGAGCACGCAUCAUCGCUGAGGAGUCCUGACCCCAUCCUCCUGACCUGUCAAUCAAACACACUACACAUUCCGGGCUGGGUCCCAACACUCCUUAAUGGUCUCCUCUCCUCGGAUCCUAUUCCUCACUGUUGGGACAGUGUCCUAGACUGUUUAGUACUCUUUAGCAUGACUACCAUGUAGCUAUGUAGACUACCAUGUAUGGAGACUAUAAGGUGUUACUAGUACCAGCUAAUUGAAUUAGUACCUAUCCUGUGGGGGCACAUGGUACAGGUUAAACAUGAGCCUGGCACAAUAAUUAACAACCAAGAUGUCAAUGAAACCUUUAGUCUAUUACACUAUUGUCAAUACUGUAUGAAAGUCACAUGAAAUAAAAACAUAUUUUAGCCAAUGGACAUGAAAACAUAAGCUCAAAUGUGGUGUGGUUUGGCAAUAAGUGACAUUUUGAAAAAGCAGAGAUGAUCAUCUUAAUGACGCGCUGACAGCAGAGGACGUUACCAGACUGAUGUCGUCUUAAUGACGCGCUGACAGCAGAGGACGUUACCAGACUGAUGUCGUCUUAAUGACGCGCUGACAGCAGAGGACGUUACCAGACUGAUGUCGUCUUAAUGACGCGCGGACAGCAGAGGACGUUACCAGACUGAUGUCGUCUUAAUGACGCGCGGACAGCAGAGGACGUUACCAGACUGAUGUCGUCUUAAUGACGCGCGGACAGCAGAGGACGUUACCAGACUGAUGUCGUCUUAAUGACGCGCGGACAGCAGAGGACGUUACCCGACUGAUGUCGUCUUAAUGACGCGCGGACAGCAGAGGACGUUACCAGACUGAUGUCGUCUUAAUGACGCGCGGACAGCAGAGGACGUUACCAGACUGAUGUCGUCUUAAUGACGCGCGGACAGCAGUGGACGUUACCAGACUGAUGUCGUCUUAAUGACGUGCGGACAGCAGAGGACGUUACCAGACUGAUGUCGUCUUAAUGAGGGACGUCGCUGAUCGUCUGAGACGCGAGGACAGCAGAGGACGUUACCAGACUGAUGUCGUCUUAAUGAGGGACGUCGCUGAUCGUCUGAGACGCGCGGACAGCAGAGGACGUUACCAGACUGAUGUCGUCUUAAUG